CGUUCGGUUACGAGAGAGCGGCGAGCCGGAGAGAUAUCCAGUCGUGAUGGAGGUGAAGCCGAUCCCGAAAGCGAGAUCGACGGUUCCGCAUCGGCCGAUACCAGCGCCGCGACGAUUGCUUCCGGUGAUCCCGGCGGCUCGGCUGAGCAGUCAGAGCAGCGACUCGAGCCAAUCGGAGAAGAGCGACGACGCAAAAACGACACCAGAGACACGACCUGGCGCAAACAAUGAAUUCUUCCGUAGUUUGAGCACAAGCUCCCGGCAGCUCAAAGACGAGAUCUCGGAGAAGGUGACGACCAAGGGCCGGGCAGUGAUCUCGAGCACCAGAAAUGCUAGCAUACGAUUAGAGAAGUCGAUGAAGAACCUUCUGACCAGACGGUUAACGUCCCUGAAUCAGGACGAUCUUCUUCGCGACACCAUGGACGGGAAGAAGUUCAAAGAUCCCGCAGGGGAUGAUAGAUGCGUGUCGAUGCCGUCGAACGAUAUUUUCAGCAGCAUCACGUUCUACAGCCCGUUGAACGUAAAUUUGAGAAGCAUGAAGAACGAGGAGGACCUUUCCGGCACGCGAACCAGCCCCCCGCCGCCGGUCUAUCCUCCACCCCCGCUUCCUGACGAGUCUAUCUACGAUGAAUUGCAGUCGACCACGUCGGGCAGCAGUCGAUACGACACUAUCAGCUCGACCGUCUCUGUCAAGAACGAGAGGGACUUCCCCGAGGCGUUUAACCUGCUUAGUUUCGCGCUCAAUCAGGCCAGCGACUCCGACCAGAGCUUGAAUCUCUCAGACGUCAAUGUGUCGCUAUCGCACGACAAGAUCGACGCGAGACGGCUGUCCAGGUCCGACUCCUGGACGUUUUACGACACGGCGCCGGCUGGCAGGUCCGAGGACAUCGACGAGUUGGACAGGAUAUCCAGCGGCGAGGAGGAUAUUCUGGACAAAGACGUGCCCCAGUUGAAUCGAACGUCGUCCUCCUCGAACGAAAGCCAGGCGUUCGUUCAGAACUCUUUGUACGAAAAUCUGUUGCCCCUAAAAAUUGCUGGAGGAUCAGAUGAGAGACAAGAACCAUCCCACGUUCCAGAGAACCGACAACAGAGCAGUCGAUCCCUUCUGUUCGAGUUCGAUCCGUUCGCGAAAACGGACGAGAACGUCUACAGCAAUUUCGAGAACAACGAUAUGAUGUUGCUGGAGACACUGUUGGCGACCAGUGAUUCACCAAGCAGUGCCGGGAGUACCCUCGAUUUCCAGGAAGCAGUCGAUAACGAGGAGGAGCAGAACGACAUGGGUGAAGAGGACAUGCUUCACGCUGAAAUUUCCGCAGUUCCGCCGGUGCCGCCGAAAAGGUUCGACUCGUUGCCCAAGAACGAAUACUACGAGGUCACGACGGAGACCUCUUCGUUGCCCGAUAAAACAGCGAUCGCGAAGAAUCCAGCGCUCUUGCCCAAGUUGGCGCAUCUGGUCACGAGGAAGCAGCCCGCUGUGCCGCCCAGAAAAUCGGCGAAGGAUCGUAAUAGCGAGAUCACGGUGGCUGCUUCGGAUCCUGCGACGCCUGUCGAUGAGAGUCCAACAGCUACAACGGUAAUCACACCGGCCGCGAAAGGUUCCGAGGAAACGUCGACGAAUUCUCCGACCGGUAAAACGACGGAGGAGCAUCGUCGGGUCGGUAUGAUACAGAAACUGAAGAAACUGAGACACGAGUCGACGACUCACGGUAUCAGGCCGAACAUGAUGAAUCUUGUGAAGUCCGGCAGCAAACUGUUGUCGAGGAGUCGGGACCAAACAGCGAGUUCCAAUACAAAAUCGACGAAGCUGGAAAGGCCGAAGGUCACUAUGACGCAGAAUCCGGCGACCCAUCGUGGAGUGGUUUACAGGACCGGGGUAGGGAUCGAAAGGGCGAAGGAUCUUGUGCAGAGGGCAGCGGUGCUCGGUGACCAGAGACUCUCGUUUUACACCGAUAAGAGCAUGUCUACGGUCAAGGAGGUCAUUCAACUCGACACAGUGUACAGCAUUCAUCUUCUGCAGGAUGUAAAGGUAGUCGAUGGCGAGACCGUUCACUGUACAGCGAUUAGCGUAGACGGAAGACCGAGUGUGCACGUGUUCUACGCAAAGGGUGUCUCCGAAAGAAGGUUUUGGGCUCAACGAAUAUUGGAGGCAAUUACUCUAGUCUUUCCCACGAAAUACACGGCCGAUCUGACGAGGGCAGGAUGGGCCUACUUAAAGGAAGGCGUAACAGGCACGUGGUUUCCGGCUUGGGUUCUCCUGCACCAUAGAUCUCUAAUUUACACAAAGUCCUUGGAACCGUUCACAGCCAAUUCUCUCGGAGAGCUCGAUCUUCGGAAAGCGCGAUGCAUUGUUUUGCGAGAACAAGAAGGUCCAAUUCCCGGUGCAGGUUUCGUUCCGGUGGUGGUUGUGGAUGCAGGUGGUAGCGGUGCAUUGCACAUGGCUGCCCCGGGCACACACGAGGGUUCUGCGUGGAGGCACGCCCUUUACCAAUCGGCAACCACGUGCGGUCCAGGUCUGGAAGAGCAGCAACUUACGCAGGAUGAUGUGCCCGUGAUACUCGACAAAUGUAUCAAUUUUAUAUACGCUCACGGUAUUAUGACUGAAGGGAUUUAUCGUCGAAGCGGAUCCAAUAGCGUGGUCGUUCGAUUGCUACAGGCGUUCCGUCGCGACGCAUGGGCAACGCAAAUUACAAAGGACGCAUAUACGGAGCACGACGUCGCCUCGAUUCUCAGGAGGUUUCUCCGUGAUUUACCGGAUCCUUUGUUUCCUGCUAACAUUCACGAUCGGCUUUGUCUUACUUCAGAGAACAGUAACGAGGACGACCGAGUGGCGACGUAUAGGAAGCUUUUGUUGACUUUGAGCCCCGUGCCGGCGGCAACGGUGCGAAGAGUUCUUGCUCACCUUCACUGCCUUAGUGAACAGAGUUCCAGGAACCUGAUGACCGUCGAGAAUCUGUCCGCGAUCUGGGGGCCGACGUUGAUGCACGCCGGCGAGAACAGCGCGGAGGAAUGGAACCGUGCCGAGACCCGGGUAAUCGGUGAUCUGAUCAAGCUCUAUCCGAAGCUUUAUCAGUUGACCGCGGCCGAGCUAGCGAAAGAGGCGAAAAUUCUGGAGGUGCUCGAGAAGCACCAUGUUUCGAACAAUGGGCCACGAGGAGCACCGUCCGGUGACCUGAAGAUGUGGAUAUACAUCCUGUCCAAGGACGGGGAAUGCGUCAACGUAACCAUUGGACCACAGAAGACUGCGUUCGAUAUAUGCCAGGAGCUCAGCGAGAAAACGAAUUUACCGGUUCAUGAACUCUGUCUGGAGGAAUAUACGUUGUCGGGCGCGUUGGGACGCCCGCUACACCACACCGAGCGUGUCCUCGAGGCGGUGGCAAGGUGGGGAUACUGGGAUCCCGAGGAUAGAAAGGACAACGUCCUCAUUCUUAAAAGGGAUCAACUCUACAAGGAUAUAGUGUCCCGGGUGAAACCACCACUGAUACCAUCUGGUGAACUGAAAUUUGCCGACAGGAAGAUGAAGCAUUUUAAAACCUACCUCUUCGAAUUUACUCAAGCAAAGCUUUGCUGUUACAAAGACAAAGCAUGCUCCACCAAGUUGUACGAAUGGAAGAUAGAAGAUAUCAUUUGGUACUUAGGCCAUGAGCCUAAACGAAAUCCACAGACUGGAUGGUCCAUUACAUUUAUUAGUAAAAAUAAGAAACCAGUCAGGAGUAAAGAAUCUCCAUUCUUUGGUUGUACAAUAGCUGGGACGCUAAAAGACGAUCAAUACAAGUGGUUAGCAGCUAUGAUUUUUGGCGAGUAUCAAUUAAAUCUCCGACCCCCCUCAGUGAAUCUUAUGGAUCCAUAAACAAUUAACAUACUUUUUAAGCUAUGUCUGUGCCUUCUAAAUUGAAAAUCAGAUAUUUUUGUAUUGUAUAUUAUUUCGUCAUUGUUUCAUUGCCUGUACUUGCCUUAAUA